UAAAGUUUUAUGAAGGAGAAAACGUACCUUUUUACGCGUCGUUAAUUUUGGAUUACGCAAACAUCACCAUUACAUUCUGGGUUCCCACUGAGUGACUACACUUUAGAACGACAGAAUGGACCGCCAAGACACCCUGUGGAACAAGUCAAAUGUAAUACAGAAGGUCAGGAUGGGCAAGAAGGUGGAAAAAGCUUUGUCCAAAGACAAGAAUCCCUCAUCUGCCACCCAUGUUGAGGAUGACAACCCAAAUAAGACACCAGAGCCCUAUAAAUGUAUAGGAAACUUCCUGACAGACUUUAAUGAGUUGUGCAAGCAGAAUGGAAUGGCUGUCAUCCCUCCUGUAGUGACUCGCCCUAAGCCUCCAGGGCCAGCUUCAGGGGGCAACGAGGGAAAACCAGACAAGAAGGGAGACAAGAACAAGCAGCCUGUUCCAGAACCAGAGCCGGAAGUUGAGCUGAAUGAGGAUGGAGAGCCAAUUGAACCUCCACCAAAAACAUACUCAACACGUGAUAAGUUUGAAUAUUUCAAACCUUCUGUUCAAGUAGAGCUUGAUAAUAAUGACAAGUGGGAUUCGGUCUCAGAGAUUUUCAUCAGAGGCUGGAAAAUUGAUACUCCAAUGAUGGACAACUUUCAACAGAGCUGGCCCACACUGGAAAGACUUCACACCAUCAAUUUGUGGUAUACCGGCCUGUCUGAGGAUACAUUGCAUACACUAGCAGUGUUUCUGCCACAGUGCACAAAUAUCAAGAAUGUGCUUCUGGACGGUAACCCAGUGAAAGAAGAAAAUUGGGCUGAGCUUAUUGGAGAGGAGAGUCUAGUUCAGAAUUUGUCCUUGCGCCAUUGCAAGAUCACAGACAAAGGAUCAGCAGGCCUUGGUCGAGCUCUCGGCACAGCCAAGGUUGCCAACACCAAGCUCUUGUCAUUGAACCUCACUGGCAAUGACAUUGGGGACCCUGGAGCAGAAAGCCUGGCAGGAGGGUUGAGAAUGAACAGAACCCUGAUGUCCCUUACACUUACCAGCAACAAAGUCGGUGACAAGGGAGUGGCCAAGAUUUCUGAGGCAUUGUCCAGAUUUCCCCUGAGCCAUGAAGAAGUGGUUGAGAGAAGGAAGCUCAUAUCAGACAGAGGCUCCCCAGAAAGAAACAAAUCUCCCCCACCAAGUCGUCGGGCUGAGUCCAAAGACAGACCUGGCAGUGUCAGGAGCAUGACCACACAGGACAAAACGAAACAGAAGCCAUCAGCAAAGAAGAAGGAUGUGAAAGGAAGAGAUGCAAAAGAAGAGACCAAAACGGUGAAGAAAGACAAAGAAGAUACUCGAGGUGGUGGUAAAAGAGCAUUGUGGGCACAGCAGACAAAUCCCAAUGCAGGUACUGGCAGAAUGUCGAGUGGUUCUGUGGCUUUCAAAGCUGCUAUAAAACUCGUCACAUCUGCCUCGGUGGCUGCAGAAGCAACCAAGACAAUGGGCAAGACUAAAGACAAAAAGAAAGACAAAGGCAAAUCGUCAAACCAAGAAGCUGAGCUUGCGGAGUCUCCGGUCAGCUCUCCGGAACUUGAAAUUGUGAAUAUGGAUUCCCAAGACCUCAUCAACCCGCUGUUAGAAGUCGCUGAUUACAUGGACGGGCAAUUGUGGAUUGCAGGAAAUCGAACUCUCAUCAAUCUAAAUCUUGCACGUAACAACAUUAGUGAGACUGGAAUGUCCUCUCUGCUGAAGGCCAUCCAGUACCAGACCACUCUGACCUCCGGCAACCGCAGCGGGGGCACUGGACUCAUGAGGCUGGUCAUCAACAAAAACUCUGUCCGUCCAGAAAAUGAGGUGAUGGCAAAGUUGAGUGAAAAAAUGAUGCUCAAAGAUCCAUUCUACAAACCCCCAAUCACCCCUGAAGGCGAAACGGCGUAGUCCUUUAGUGUAGCUUGGUGAAUUUGCUGCAUCUGGUUGUGAUUUUGACUACAGCAUUCUUCCAUAUCGCCUUUCCAAUUCCGUCCAAAAGAUUUAUUGCGAUUGAAAUUUUGAAAAGCUGCGAAGUCAGACACACUGAUGGGUCUCAGUCUCAGGAACUCCAGACAUUUGUUUUUUGCCAUUCCUUUUGAUGAUUCAAGCUGUCAUCAAUAUCAUUUGUGUGGAUACUUUUCUUUUUCUUUUGGGAAAUAUGACGUAUUUUCCCUUAGCCUAUGUGACGAACAAAGCAAACUUGUUACUCUUUUGAAUUUAGGAAUCAAAUUGCAUUGUGGGAAACAUUUUGAUAUAUAUUAUGCUAAAAUGAAGACUGUGUUGAUAUGAAA